CGAUACAACAGCUGCCUGCUCACACCCACAUCCACGCCUACCUGCCUGGCUUGUCUGCUUCUCUCUCUCACUCUCUGUCCUGUCCCGUCCUGAGUGGGUGAAUUAAGGUACCCCUCUCUCUCUCUCUGAGUGUGCGUGCGUGUGCGUGUCUAUCUUUAUCUCUCCCUGUGUUUCUGUUCCUGGCUCUGUCGCAGAGAGCGCCCCAGUACCAUGACAGACAGACAGACAGACAGUCAGACAGACAGCCUGUCUGUUGGGCAGCCUGCCAGCCUGCCAGCCUUAGGCCGCUUCAUCUCAUCUCGGUAGUGGUUUUUGUGUCGUCAAGUUUUCCUUCUAGUGAACCCCUCACAGUCUACAUCACACCUGCUGCCUCUCUGCCUUUUGUGUGCCGGAGAUGACGGACGCUUCGAUAUAUGUCAGCAGCAGUAUCGGCGAGCACGGCAGUCCUCCGCGUUUGACUCCGAAGCUGGUGCUGGUGUGGACCUGAGCGUCCGUCAUUCAUCGGCACACUGGGAGGUGCAAGACAGAGAGAGGCAGAGCAGAGCAGAACAGACAGACAGACAGCUGCCUGCCUGUGUUCGUACGAGUGGAUUCGGACUCACGUGAUGUCCAAUGGUUUUGGCGUCUCAAUGGCGGCUUCUCGGGGCGGACGCGCGGAUGUCAAGAAGGCGAUCUGGUAGAACAGAUGCCUUCGUUGCGUCCGGGUGGCGGCAUCAUUGAGGAGUGGCCGGUGAGACGCUAGAUCCUUUUGUGACGUCAGGUCCGCAUGGAGGCAGAUACAGGCAGGUGGUGCAGGUGGGUGGUAGGGGAUGCGAGUAAAGGAGCGGACGGAUGGGUCUGUGACGUGUCUGUCAUUCCGUGUCCAGUGUUGUGAGCUGCCCUCGCCACACACGUAUAUGCAUGCCCCAGUGGUGGGUGAGUGAGGUGAGUGGACUCUGCUCUGCUCUGCCCCUGCCCUGCCCUGCCGCACACACGGGCUUCCUGCCUGAUUGCCAAACGCCUGGCUGGAGGCCGUGUGGUGUGUGGGUGGCUGGACAGAUGGAUGGAUGGACCCAGCUCGAUGACCCAUCUCCGUUAAGAGUAUUAGGUGUAUUUCAGUAACCCUCGCACUGAGUGGGCCGGCAAACUCAUCCCAUCCCAUCCCAGUCUGUAUACAGGUCUACACUCUUGCAACUCACUCGUCAAGAGCUGCGUGGGUGUGGCAGCUGCGACAAGCACCAGACGGUCACCGACGGCAAGACACACUGCAACGCAUCCUCGCCCUCAUACACUCGCUGAUCGAUCGUGUCACAUUUCACAGCAACCUUGACUUCACUGCUCGCGGGCCGCUGCUGCUGCUAUGCUGCUGCAGCACUCCCUGCUGGCCCGUGCCCACCAUCAGCCGCCUGGCUGUCAGCCGCCGAUACACUGCUGCCCUCUGCCUCUUGCUGCUGCUGCUGCUGCUCUUCCUUGUGCCUGUCCAUGACAAGCUGCAGCGCCUCGCGCAUCCUCAUGGUGGUGUUGUGGUCCUCACCAAACACCUCUAUUGCACUCUCGAUACCCUUCAGACACACACCACAUACCACACACCAUGACAUGGCAUGACAUGGCAUGGGGGCGCCGUGCACUGUGUGAGAAGGCUCCCCACCCGUGUGAGUGAUAUCUUGGCGAGCAGGUUCUGGGCCCUCUCGGCGUAGGCAAGACCUGAAGCGACAUGUAUGACACGGCGAGGAACGGACGGACAAAAGGCCAGCCACAUCUCUCUGCGUGUGCCGUCAGUGCGUGCGUGUCUGUGUGUAUGUGUGUAUACCAUACCCAGGUUGUAGUAUCCGAUUGCGAUGUAGGGGGUGUUGGGGUUGCCAUCUGUGAGCUGGUAGAGGAUCAGCAGCGCCUCCUCAUAGUCCUCGAUGGCCUUGCCCGGCGCCCCCAGCUCCUGGUACACCGCACCACGCGCAUUCAGCACCUCCGGCAGCGUCGGACACAUCGGCCCGCCCAACUCCUUCCUGAAUGAAUGGCUCAACCACACAACACACACACACCAUGACGAGAGAAGCGGUGAGCACCUGACCGCUUCAUUCCUCGGUCGGUCAGUUGGUUUGUCGGCUGUUUACAUGGUGGUGUAAGCCUUUUCGAGCCACUCGAGCGCCUCGUUGGGGUCGCCCUUGUCUCGGUGUGCGAGGCCGAUCAUGCUGUAGCACUUGGCGAGGGGGAGGGUCUCGACGUGCUCGCCCGCUAUCCUCUGGUACACCUUCAUGGCACGGGUGUACAUCGUGAUGGCGCGCUCGUGGUUGGUGUUCUGGUGGUAACUCAUACCAAGGUCCAAAUACUGAUCUGCAGAGGUGGACCACACCACAAACCAACACACAACACACUCUGGUGGGAGUCGGGUCGUCAGUCAUUCUCCCCAGUGAGUGAGUGUGUUGCAGUACGAACCAACUACCGUACCGGCGAGUUUGGGGUCAUCCAUGGCGCAGACGGUGAGGAGUAUCUUCAUGUGCUGCUCCAUGUCGGCGAUGAUGGCCCGCAUCUUGGCCUUGCUGCUCACGUACCCCAGGUUGAUGUAGGUGUCCGACUGGGGCAAAAACUCCAUCUCCUGAGGCACCUUCCUGAACAAAUCAGACGACUCCGACUCGGCAGCGCCGCCCUCAUCAUUGACAACACCCGGCUCAUCCUCGUUCUCCUUCCCGCUGCCCUCUGCAUCUUGGUGCUGCUGACGUGGGCUCGCCCUGACGUCCACAGGCUCUGCUGCUGAAGCGCUAUCUGUUGAUGCUCUCGCAUCUGCCUGUUCUGAUGGGUGUGGCUGCUGUGGCUGCUGUGAUGACAGCGAUGACGAGAAGGAUCUGGGCUGCAUCUGCAUCAAACAUCCCAGGUGUGGCUGCCGCUGCCUCGACAGUCUGUGCCGCACCAGGCAAGGCGGCGGGUUGGGAACGA